AUGGCAUGCAGAGGCACAAUCACUCCGCUGCCGGUCAUCCGCGAGGAGGAGGGCUGGGAAGAUGCCUCCUCCUCGUCGGAUGACGACUACGACGAAGACGACGACGAAAACCUCGACCCGCCGGAGGACCUGCUCCUCCCCCACGAGAGGGCUCGCCCGCCUUCUCCUCCCGCUCACUCGGCCCGACUCCGCCUCAUCUACCACUCGAGGGCGUGGGAGACGCAGGUCUACAUGCUGAAGGAUGGCAAAGCCCUCAAGGAGCGAUCCUCCUACCAGAAGUUGAGCAAGGGAUUCUUCGCUGCCGACGAGUUUGCGACGCUCCUCAGCCACUGGUCCAACGCGCUUCCCGAGCAAGUCCAAGAGAUUCUGGGAGACGACCACCCCUACCUCUCGCGCCUCGUACUCCCGGCCGCGCCGCGCCAAUUCAAACUCAUCAAGGGCAUGGAUGGCUCCAGCCACAUUCCUGAUCAGCUCAUGGAACCGUUUCCCGAAAUGCAAGGCAGACUCGUCAUGCAGAGAAUGCGACCGAUCAAGCCGACCAUCAUCCGUAUCAUCAUCGACCAUACCCUCCUCACAUUCAUCGGUCGUCCCGGCGUUCUCGAGCUCGCGCGCAAGAUGGGCACGGCGCUCGCCAUCAUUCACCACGAUCUACAGAAGGACGCCCGUAACGUCAAGUUCCGGCUCGCGUAUGAUCAAGCGCACGACAAGCCGCAGCUCUGGGUGUGCGGACUGGGAAACAUGGACGAUUUGGCAACCAAUGGGAACGAAGACGGUUUCGUGGGAGAUCCGGCUGGAUACAUCUAG